CUCUUUUGCCGUUGAAAUAGGUUUUCCGCAAAGUGACUACGAAUCGUACCGUAAAGACAGCGUAAAGGCCCAACACCGCGUCCAAAAUGAUGACCAGACGGAAAUCCGUGCACGAGUCCACGCUACAGGCCCAGCUCCAGCAGGAGCGGGCAGCGGAAGAGCAACUGGCCAUCGGAACUCUCGCCUCGGACAUAGCACAGAUCCUCAAGACAAGUGUAGUCCCCGGAACCACCGGCCUGCUGCCAUCAUCAUCGCCACAAACGCAAAUCCCAAACGCAUCAUCGGCCACAAAGCCAGCGACAACGACGACCACUACGACGGGAGAGGCAGCGGAGGCGAAGAAAUCAGCAGGACCCGCUACGCCUGCUUCGAUCGCCAACAGCAGCAGUAGUAUCACUUCACCACUUAUAAGCAACUCAUUUGGCCCUUCCAGUUCCCCCAGCGUUAUGUCGUCUGCCGCUAGAGGAAGCUCCGUGAAUCGUAGUAAAACGCCACGCAUCUCGAAACGGUCCGCGUCCCUGCUGGAUGCUUCUCAGUCGCCGACAGUCACAGUUCCGUCGUCUAACAACUCAGGCGUGCAGACUAACAGCACGGCCUCCUCAGCCUCUGGCAGUGGGAGCGCAACCACAAUGAUCACCACGGCGACAGCGUCUACGACUCCAGUACAGAAUCCCGUCCAGCAGACGCUUGCGCAAAAUGGCAUGGAUCCGGACGAGAUACCAAAGUUCAAGGGCUAUCGCAUCAUCGAAAUUGACCAUUUCCUGCAGUGGGCCGCCUUCUCCCAGUUUAUGCACUCGAAGCAUUGCCCAGGAGGGUUGCUUAAACCGUACCAGGAGUAUAUCAGCGGCUGCUAUUCGACGUUCGCAAUGAAGUGUAGCCGCUGCUCAGCAAUCAUUACACGGUCAUCGGAGAACUACAUUCAUCACAACAAGCUGGUGAACCGGUUGGUCAAGGGUACGAUACAGUUGGGCAAGGACUAUGAUGAGAUGCUCCAGUUCAUGGAUCUGCUCGAGGUACCGUUCGUGACGCGCGAAGAGUUUCAAUCGGUACGGGCCCAAUUGGGCUCCUCGCUCGAGGACCAAUCGGCGUUGCAGCGGGCCGUCGAAGAGCUCGAACAAGCCUCAGUUCAGUCGAAACGAAAGCGGCACGGUAGCUGCAAGUACCAUUACGAAGUGCUGAAGGUGUAUCUUAACAAAAAGAUGAAAAAAAUCGAAGAAAACCUUCAGCUCUCCGUGAACGAUUCCGUAGCGCUUGCCGUCAACGCACAUCUAAAGAACGUAUCGCACGUUCAGCUCAUGCCCAAUGGACACAGCAGCAACAUGAACUGCGCGAUACUUGGUGCCGGCGGAGGUGGAAGUGGAGCAGGAGGAGCAAUUUACGGAAGUGCAGUUACUUCUAAUCCGGCCAACACUAGCCACAGCAACAUUAACAGCACCAGCAUCAGUACCCACGGGCUAAAUGGACCACCAACGAUAGGCACAGGCACCGUACCGCCGUCUGGCGUACGCUCUACAAUGAUGCUGGAACCGUCUGGAGUGUUGGGGAGCGGAGGGGUCGCAAGGUUACCGUCAUUCAAUCGUGAUCAGCAACAGCAGCACCAACACUGACCACUGGAGGAACGUUCUGUCGAGUGGAUCGAUCGCUGGCUGAUUGAUGAUGAGCACAACUAAUGACCGAACACGAUAUGUGUUACUCCAGUCAGUCUUAAUAUUUGUUUCUUUUAAUUAAAUCCUUUAAGUUCCUCGGUCAGAUGACAGACCGUCCGUCGUCGUUGCCAUCGGAAGCUAUACCAAAACAAUGUGCCAAUACGAGGGGGACAGUUGCAUGGCCCCAUUCUUUUACCCUAGUAUAUCAGCCAAGUCAUUUAAUCGUCUAGUAAGUAAGUCACUGGUGGUUCCAGUUCCGUGAGCGAUAUCAUACGGACUUGCUGUCUUUUCGGGCCAUAGAGACUGCGAAGGGAUAAUAGAGAACUGGAAUGCUCUUUUCGAAUAUAAAGAGCCAGCGAUACGAGGUGAACAAGAUUGGAUUCGCGAGCUUAUACUUUAAACAUGUAGGUACAAGACGCAAUAGCCCUGGUAAGAAUUGCGCAAGCAUUGCGCCGUCUUCGACCUACUCGUGAUUGAUGAUCGGAGGGUGUCGUGAUGUGUGUGGAGCAUCAAGCGAAUUAGAUACGCAGUAAGAAAGCAUGACGCGAUCCUAGGAUGAUAAGAAAAUAAAUUCAAUAUAAUAAAAAUAUCG